UUGCUUGAUCAAUGAAAGAAUUUAAAUGCGAUACCCAACAGAUUAAUAAAGUGGGUUCACAAGAUAUUGAAUCGCCAUUAAUUGCUUCGUCCCACAUGACAUGUCUAUGCUAAAACAAUGAUCAUGUCUCAUAGCCCAUUUAAUGAACCCUCCAACCACUAAGAAUAUCACUUUCCUUUCCUUUCCUUCCACAGUCCAACGACCCUCCACAAAAACAAAGAACCCACAAAGCAAAAAGGAAAAAGAAAGAAAAAAUGCCCAAACCCACUCUAAUUUUCUACGUAUCCCUCCUUUUAAUCCACACCCACUUCCCAAUCUGCAAUGGGGUUUCACUCAAAGGGAGCGGAAUCGAGGCUGCCAUGGCGGGAAGAAGUGGCUGCAGCGAGAAGCUUGGGGAGUGCAUGACAGAGCCGGAGAUGGAGUCAGAGAGCAGCAGGAGGAUUCUGGCAAUGCAGACGAAGUACAUAAGCUACGGGACUCUCAAGAGGGACUCGGUUCCAUGUGGAACACCAGGGGCUUCCUACUACAACUGUCACGCUGUGGCGGCCAAUCCGUACAACAGAGGGUGCGAGGUCAUCACGGGAUGUGCAAGAGGUAAUUGACAUCAGAAUUCGCUGUAAUUACAGGAUGUGGAACCCUAGUUGGGAGAGAAAUGGAACUAGAAGUGCUUUCAUUCAAAUCUGGUGAUGUUGGAUUGUGUUGGGGGUAUUUUGGGUAUGAUUGUAUAUUUGAGAACCCAUGUUUUGAAAUGUUAUAUACUAGAUCAUGUAUGAAUAGCAUGGUUUUUAUGGGAGAUCUGAUUUUUUUUA